AAAGUUUGCGCACCGCUGGCCUCGGAGCCGGCGCCGACCAGAGCUGCCGGAGGCGGAGGGCGGGAGGGUCGGGGCCGGAGCAGGAGCGGGCGGCACGGCCCUGCCGCUCUGACCGAAGUCCGCAGAGGAGUGCGUGUGCCCACGAGGACCCUUUGCCCCAGCUGUGUGGCCCCAGCCAGAUGUGGGGGGAGGCUGCUCAGAGGCAUGCCCCCCGCCCGGCCACGCUGCCCCCACCUCCUCCUCCUGCUGCUGGCCUGCCAGCCACAGGCCUCUUCUGCCCAGGUGAUGGACUUCCUGUUUGAGAAGUGGAAGCUCUAUGGUGAUCAAUGUCUCUACAACCUGAGCCUGCUGCCCCCACCCACUGAGCUGGUCUGCAACAGAACCUUCGACAAGUACUCCUGUUGGCCCGACACCCCUCCCAACACCACGGCCAACAUCUCCUGCCCCUGGUACCUGCCCUGGCACCACAAAGUGCAGCACCGCCUCGUCUUCAAGAAGUGCGGGCCCGAUGGGCAGUGGGUACGCGGGCCCCGGGGGCAGUCGUGGAGAAACGCCUCCCAGUGCCAGCUGGACGGUCAGGAGAUUGAAGUCCAGAAGGAAGUGGCCAAGAUGUACAGCAGCUUCCAGGUGAUGUACACGGUGGGGUACUCCCUCUCCCUGGGCGCCCUGCUCCUGGCCCUGGUGGUCCUGCUGGGCCUCAGCAAGCUGCGCUGCACCCGGAACUACAUCCACGCCAACCUGUUCGCCUCGUUCGUGCUCAAGGCGGGCUCCGUGCUGGUCAUCGACGCGCUGCUCAAGACCCGCUACAGCCAGAAGAUCGGCGACGACCUCAGCGUGAGCGUCUGGCUCAGCAACGGGGCGGUGGCCGGCUGCCGGGUGGCCGCGGUGUUCAUGCAGUACGGCGUGGUGGCCAACUACUGCUGGCUGCUGGUGGAGGGCGUGUACCUGCACAGCCUGCUGGGCCGCGCCACCUUCCCCGAGCGGAGCUUCUUCCCCCUGUACUUGGCCGUCGGCUGGGGCGCCCCCGUGCUCUUUGUCGUCCCCUGGGCCGUGGUCAAGUGUCUGUUUGAGAACAUCCAGUGCUGGACCAGCAACGACAACAUGGGGUUCUGGUGGAUCCUACGCCUGCCGGUCUUCCUGGCGAUCCUGAUCAACUUCUUUAUCUUCAUCCGCGUCCUCCUCAUCCUCAUGGCCAAGCUUCGGGCCCGCCAGAUGCGCUACAGCGACUACAAGUUCCGGCUGGCCAAGUCCACACUGACCCUCAUCCCCCUGCUGGGGGUCCACGAGGUGGUGUUCGCCUUCGUGACGGAUGAGCAUGCCCAGGGGACGCUGCGCUCUGCCAAGCUCUUCUUCGACCUCUUCCUCAGCUCCUUCCAGGGCCUGCUGGUGGCCGUGCUGUACUGCUUCCUCAAUAAGGAGGUGCAGUCGGAGCUGCUGCGGCGCUGGCAGCGCUGGCGCAUGGGCAAGAGGCUGCGGGAGGAGCGCCCCCCCAGCAGGCACCCCGACCCGGGCCGGCCCGCAGGCGGCGCCCCCAGCGAGAAGCUGCUGCUUUCCAGGGGCGGCGACGGGGCGGCCCGGGACCCCUCUGCAGACACCGGCCUGGUGGGCAUCCCCCCUGGGGUGGCCGCCAGCCCCUUCGAGAGCCCGCAGGAGCCCCCCGGGGCCCCGGUUGGGGCCGGACUCAGGUGCUGAAAGUAGGCCCCACGGGACAAGCCCAAACCUGGUGCCGGCCCGGCGCUGGCCUCCCUUCUGCCCCCUCUGGGGGGCUGGCGCGGGCGGAGGCGGCGGCUCGGGAGGCCCAGGAUGCGGUCUCCUCCGACAAUAAAGAGUCUGCGGAGCGGCUGCCUGGCA